GUUUCCGGAUCCCCACCGCCUGUCAGCUGUCUCAGGCUGACCCCAUGACCACCCUUCCCCGCCCCUUGGGGCGGUCCACGAGCGGACUUCUGGCACCCAAAUGGGAGCGCCCAUAGAUAUGCCUUAGCCACUCGCCGUUCAUCGUUUUUCAUUCAGAUUGAACAACCAAAAAAAAAAGCACAUGCACAUCUGAAGCAUAAGGGCAAUGACAUCCCCAAAAUGACUGCCGGGCUCUUGGAAGGAAUUCAGCCGCAUCUGAUUCCGAGGUAUCCAGGCACCCGCAGUGGGCGCCUACGUUCCCACACCAGAACCCCAUCUGCGGGCUUUCAGGAAAGAGCGGCUCAAGCUGGUGGCGUACGGUUUAGUCGAGCGCGACACAGGUCGUUGAAGGCCCCCUAAGCGGGUGGGGGCUACAGGGGUGGCCGGCAGGGCGCCUGCUAAUCUGGGCGCUGCGGUGCGCGGGAGUCCCCUUAGCCGAGGCCGUGCCCCGUUUCGCCCGGCUCCCGGCGCUCUCUGGCCGGCGGUCCGCUCCCGGAAGCCGCGGCAGCUGGUAACAAAGAGCCCGCCGGGCUGCCGCUCCCGGGCUGCGGGACCGGAGAGUCGGCCGAGCGGCUGGGGAUGAGCGUGGCUGGGCCAUGAGUCGGGGCCCGCGGCGGUGAGGGACGCGGCCCAGGCGCAGGUGCAGGCGGAGAGGCCGGCGCCUUCCUCCUUCCGGGCGCGGGCGCCGCCGCUCUUCCUGCGGUUGCUCCCGGGAGAGAGGCUUCGCCACCUUCCCCCGGCGGGCGCGGAGCCCCCGGGGCUCUCGGCGGACUCUGAGGGGACCCAGCUCUUCCGCCAGGUGCCCUGCAGCUUUGUGUGAAGAGACUGGGCAAGUCUGGUGCGAGUGGUUGCUGUUUUAAUAGAAACUUUUUUCAGUUCUUUGUUUUUAGCAAUUUUUGCGGAGUUCGCCGUGCUCCCCACCUCUUCCCAUCCUGUCCCUCUCGGGAGUCCUUUUCCUAGUCAGUUACAAACCUUUUUACAAUCGACGGAGCAGACCGGAUAUGAACGUUUUUUAAUUGAAAGUCUAACUGUUAAAACUGCGUCAAGAUAGUAACCAAGAUGGACAAAAAGUCCUUUGAAACGGUGCUGGAUGAAAUUAGGAAGGCUGUUUUGACAGAGUACAAAUUAAAAGCAAUUGAAUAUGUGCAUGGAUACUUCUCUAGUGAUCAGGUGGUUGAUUUACUGAGAUAUUUUUCCUGGGCUGAGCCUCAGUUGAAGGCAAUGAAAGCAUUACAACAUAAAAUGGUGGCCGUUCAUCCCGCAGAGGUGGUCAACAUACUCAACUGCUUCACCUUCAGUAAAGACAAACUAGUUGCUCUUGAACUGUUAGCUUCAAACAUCGUUGAUGCACAGAAUUCUCGUCCCAUUGAAGAUUUAUUCAGGAUAAAUAUGUCUGAGAAGAAACGGUGUAAGAGAGUUCUUGAACAGGCUUUCAAGGGAGGCUGCAAAGCUCCUCAUGCCAUGAUAUCUUCUUGUGGAACAAUUCCAGGAAAUCCAUAUCCUAAAGGAAAACCUAGUCGCAUAAAUGGAAUUUUUCCAGUUGCAGUCACCUGCAGGCUUGAUUGGAUCUCAAGAAUAUGCUUCCAGAGUCACUCCCUUACAUGCCAGGGAACCCCUUUGAAAAAAGAUGGUGAAGAAUGUAGCAGUGAAGGCAAAGGAAUAGCUGCACGGAUUCUUGGACCGUCCAAACCACCUCCUUCAACAUACAAUCCACAUAAACCUGUUCCUUAUCCGAUACCUCCGUGUCGGCCACAUGCAACCAUUGCACCAAGUGCUUAUAACAAUGCAGGUCUGGUACCAUUAGCCAGUGUCAUAGCUCCAGGCGUCCCUCCUCCACCACCAUACACUCCUAAUCCAGUAGGAACAGAAAAUGAAGACCUUUCCAAGCAAUCAAAACCAACACAGAGUCAAACGUUUUCCACCCCAGCAAGUCAGCUUUUUUCUCCUCAUGGUUCUAAUCCUUCAACACCUGCUGCAACCCCGGCCCCUACUGCGUCGCCAGUCAAGGCAGUAAAUCACCCGUCAGCGUCAGCAGCCGCCACCGCUCCUGGGAUGAACACGCCUAACGCCAUUCUUCCCGUCUUCCCAGGGCAGGUCUCCUCAGCCGUUCAUACACCGCAGCCGUUGGCGCCAAACCCAACAGUCAUCAGGACCCCUUCCUUGCCUGCUGCAGCCGUUACUUCUAUCCACAGCACAACGUCUGUUCCCGUUCCUUCGGUUCUUUCUGGCCUUGUUGCACUUCCAGGCCCUUCUGCUCCUCCUGUCCCAGCCGCUCAGUCUGCAUCUGCCCCUCGGGCCAACCCUGCAUCCAGUGACACAUUUGCUUCUACGUCUACCCCUUUUACCAGCCUCCCCUUUUCUGCCACUACUGCUGCUCCUACCAGCAACCCAAAUUCUGCUUCAUUGUCCUCAGUUUUUGCAGCUCUCCCCUUAACACCAGCAUCCCAAGGUGUAUCCAACCCAACUCCUGUAAUUGCUGGUGGUUCUGCUUCCAGCGUUGCGGGUCCGCUGAGUGUAAAUAAUCCUCUUCUGUCUGCAUUAAAAGGCUUCCUGACGUCAAAUGAUACCAGUCUGAUCAACUCUUCUGCUUUAUCCUCUGUUACAAGUGGGCUGGCUUCAUUAUCAUCUCUCACUAAUCAGAACUCAGACGCUCCUGCUUCAGCCUCUAACAAGUGCUAUACCCCCUCCGCCAUCCCCACCCCGCAGAGGUCUUCCACUCCAGGACUGGCCCUGUUCCCAGGCCUUCCAUCGCCUGUGACCAGCUGCACGGCCACUCCCCCUACUGUGCCUGUGCAGUCUCCCCUAGCUGCUCCUACAUCGUCUUCCACUUCCAUGCCAGCUGGCUGCGGCUCCUCGGCUUCCCUUUUGCACGGCCCCCACCCCGGUAAUGCAGACCUGCAUGUGUCAUCUACCCCUGCUGUAACGACUCUUCCUGUCAGCAUCAAAACUGAACCCACAAGUCCUACUCCCUCAGCCUUCAAAGGCCCAUCUCAUUCUGUCAAUCCCUCUCAUGGCACUUUAGGGUUGUCAGGGACCCUGGGCCGAGCGUAUACGUCAGCAUCAGUGCCCAUCAGUCUGUCUACUUGCCUUAACCCUGCAUUGUCAGGUCUGCCUAGUCUGAGUGCUCCCUUAAAUGGUUCAAAUCCCCUUUCUUCUAUUUCUCUUCCGCCACAUGGCUCCUCCACGCCUAUUGCCCCAGUAUUCACUGCACUUCCCCCUUUUACUUCUUUGACCAAUAAUUUCCCUUUAACUGGCAACCCCUCACUUAACCCAUCAGUAUCUCUUCCGGGGUCGUUAGUAGCCACCUCGUCUACAACAGUCACGCCCGCAUCUCUCACUCAUCCGAGUUCCACAGCAGCAGUUCUCUCAGGGCUUUCUGCCUCAGCUCCAGUCUCUACAGCACCUUUCCCCCUCAACUUGUCAACUGCUGUCCCUUCCCUUUUUCCAGUUACUCAGGGACCUCUGCCAUCCUCAAAUCCAUCGUACCCUGGCUUUUCUGUCUCUAAUGCCCCCAGCGCUACCCCCGCUCCCCCAGCCUUCCCGGGGCUGCAGGCGCCCUCCACAGUGGCAGCUGUCACCCCGCUGCCUGUUGCUGCCACGGCCCCAUCACCUGCCCCGGUCCUUCCAGGAUUUGCGUCGGCAUUCAGUUCCAACUUCAACUCCGCUCUGGUUGCACAAGCCGGGUUAUCAUCUGGACUUCAAGCUGCAGGUGGCUCUGUUUUUCCAGGCCUUUUGUCCCUCCCAGGUAUCCCAGGCUUUUCCCAGAAUCCUUCACAGCCCUCUCUGCAGGAGUUACAGCAUAAUGCAGCUGCACAGUCAGCGUUAUUACAGCAGGUCCACUCAGCUUCGGCUCUGGAGAGCUACCAAGCUCAGCCCGAUGGGUUUCCUAGUUACCCUUCAACGCCAGGAACACCAUUUGCUUUGCAACCAGGCCUCUCCCAAAGUGGGUGGCAGUGAAUAUGUUUUGAUUUUUAUUCUCCUUUGGAGCAACAUCAGAAUUGCCUGAGGACUGCAGUGAACAAUCUGACACACAUGAACUUGGAAAAAGUCCAAAAGUGAGAAUGAGGAGAGUUGUGAUAAGAGUUUGAAAAUCAUGGUUGUAUUUUUUUUUAACAGUUUUAAGUAUGAACACUCCCCUAUGUAAAUAGACUGACAAUAAACUACAUGGAGAAUAGGACUAAAAAAGCAGCUGGGGACUUUUCACCUCCCACCCUAUGAGAUUCUGAAUUGUGUAUGUGAGCCACAUAAAGAGACUAUUAAAGAGGUUGAACUCUUGAUCGCCGAAUACAGCCUUAAACUUGCUUGUGUAGUAGCCACUGACAGAAGUAAUAGCUGUGCCUCAGACUGACGGGUUGCCUGUGGCCUGGGGGAGCUGCUCCCCUUGGCGUGCGUGAGUAGUUCCUGUUAGCAUCAGGGGAACUCUACUCCGUAUGUAUCCACAAACGGGAACUCGAGACCCACACUUAUUUUUAAUUUCUGAUAUAAAUGAUCAUACAUGUACUUCUGAAUUUAACUCAGUAUAUUUCAGGGGCGUAAAAAUGGUGCUUAAUGUCGUCUGUAAAUGACUUCCAGGUGUUUUCACUAAAACUGUGCGCUCAGAACUACUUUCUUACAGAAAUACAAGGCUCAUGACACAUAAUUUGCCUUCAAAACAUAGUAUUUAAUCUUAGCAGUAUCCAAAUGAAUGAGGAACAUUUGACUGACUCUUCCAAACCGAACCAAACCCAUUGCCGUGGAGUCAGUUCUACUCAUAGUGAACCCUACAGGUUAGAGAAGAAUUGCCCCAUAGGGUUUCCAAGGCUGUGGUCUUUACGGAAGCAGACUGCCACAUCUUUCUUCCACAGAAUAGCUGAUGGGUUCGAACCACCGACCUUUUGGUUAGCAGCUGAGUGCUUAACCCACUGUGCCACCAGGGCUCACCAACUGACUCUUGGGCCACCUGUAUUACACCUUGUACUCUGGAAGCUCUCGGUGAAUGUUUACAAUCAUGGGAUAUGGUAUUUCUAUUUGUAUUUAAAGUAAAAUGCUUAUCUAAAAUGAUUGUGACAACAAAUAGAGAAGACUUGCUCUGUAGUAAAUAUGCAGUGUGUACCCUAAUGAAGGAUCUUGGUAGUAGAACACAAUUGAAUGUCAUUUAUUUCAGAACAGUGAUUCUGCCACGUUUGGGGGAGAAGUAGGAAGAAUGGUAUCCAGUCCUGUGAUUAAACUGGAAGCUAUAGAGUCUGCGGCAGUGCAUUUCAGCAUCUAGAAGUUUUACUUUUAUAAAGAUGGUGUCUGGAAGACGUUGCUAAUGUAUUUUCCUUCAACAUGGGGAGCAAACUUUUUAAAUAUAUUAAUAAACAUUCCUGUAUGAUUAGUUUUUAAUAAUUUUUUAGAAUAAACUUUAUGGAUAUGACAACUAUUUUAUAAGUGUUUUUAUUAAAUACUUAGGCUUUUUGAUUUUUUUGUAUGUGCUGAAGCUAAUAUACAGUAAGUCCCCUGGUUAGGAAUGUCCAAAUUCUGGACAACUCAUACUUGCCCAUUAAUGUAUGUAAAUUUGUCCUCACUUUGCGAAACAACGGAACCAACCCCUACUCACAGCAGAUUCUUCAUCACAAUCCCCUUCACUUGCUGCACGUGCAGCUUUUAAAUCACUGAAAAGGCUUCGAGCCUGUCCUUGUGCUAAAGUCAGGCUAAGUAAGGACCGUAGGCACCUGUUCCACCUUACCUGCUUACUUAAAAUUUGACUUAGGGAUAACAGCUAGGAACAGAUCUCAUUCGUAACCCAGGAACUAUCUAUGUAGAAAAUUUUUGUUGAAAGCCUACAUUCCUAAAACUUUUUAAAGAUAUAUUGUAUUCCUUAUGUAUGUUGGCCAUUCAUUCAGAAAAAAUUUACUGAGAAAUCUCUGUACAGUGUGAUGCUGCUGAGGUUCUUUCUGCUGUACUGUCAGCCCCUUGAGAAGAGGUACUGUUCAUCUUUUAGAUGUCUUCUUGGCAUCUGUCAUAUGUUGGGCACUUAAAGCUUUAGAUAAAAGUGAAGAGAACUUUUUGGCAUCCUUGUAAUAAUUACUGGGGACUGGUUUUAUGUAUCUCACAAUAACCCUAUGAAAUAACACAGGUAACCCCAUUAACUAGAUAAAGAAGCCAAGAUGCAAGCUCACACAAUGAGUAAGUGGUAAAUUUGAACCAAGUACUUAAUACCAUACCAGGCUAUUUGUACCACCACAUACUCUGAGAACACAUGGGAGGGGAGUGAGUGCCUUACUGCCUGAGAGAGUCCUUAAGCUUUCUCAUUGACAGGACAAGUAACAAUUAAUAUCCUCUAGGUGGCACAGUGGUUAAGAGCUACGGCUGCUAGCCAGAAAGUUGGCAGAUCAAAUCCACCAGCCACUCCUUGGAAACUAUGGGGCAGUUCUACUCUGUCCUGUAGGGUCGCUAUGAAUCGGAAUUGAUUUAAUAGCAAAGGGCUUAUUUUUCUUUUUUUAAUCAAGACAUGACAUGUGUUAUGGGUUAUGUUCCUCCCAAAGUAUGUGUUGGAAUCCUAAGCCCUACACCUGUGCAUGUAAUCAUGUUUAGAAAUAGGGUUUUCUUUGUUAAUUAAAUCAUACCCGAGUAGGAUGGGUUCUAAAUCUAGUCAUUUCCAAGUUAUAACAAGAGCAGAAGAGACACAGACAGACACACACAAGGAGGAACAAAUUCUAUGUGAGAAUAUUCAAGGAACCAGGGAACACCAGGGCCUACUGACAAGGAAUUGACACAGCGAAGACCCUCAUUGGGACAUUUAGGCCCCAGAACUGUGAGAAAAGAAAUUUACGUUUAUGAAAGACAUCCAUUUGUGUUCUGUUACAGUAGCAACAACACGUGACACAAUAUUAGAGCAUAUUGCUAUAACUUGAUGGAACAUAGUAUCCAGCUUGAAUGUAGCUGAAAAGGCAAGGGAGGAGCAUAAUUACAAAUAACUUGUCAACCAUGCCAAGCAGUUCGGAGUUUGUUCUGUAGUUAACAGUUGGGAACUUUAUCCGAAAGCACUUUGCUGAAAUCACUUAGGCUGCAGCAUGGAAGAUGGAUUAAACAAAAAAUCCUGACUCAUAAAAACCGUGUAGGACAGAGUAGAACUGCCCAUAGGGUUUUUAAGGAGUGCCUGGUGGAUUCGAACUGCCAGCCUUUUGGUUAGCAGCUGUAACUCCUAACCACUACACCACCAGGGUUUCCAAAGAGAGGCUCGAGUUGGCCAGGAAUCCAGCCAGGUCAACUGCUUAGAAGGCAGCUAUGCUCACCACUAUACCAUCAAUGCCUCAGGAAGAUGGAUUUGUUGUUAGGUGCCGUCGAGUCGGUUCCAACUUAUAGCGACCCUAGGCACAACAGAACGAGACGCUGCCCGGUCCUGCGCCAUCCUUACAAUCGUUGUUAUGCUUGAGCUCAUUGCUGCAGCCACUGUGUCAGUCCACCUCGUUGAGGGUCUUCCUCUUUUCCGCUGACCCUGUAUUCUGCCAAGCAUGAUGUCCUUCUCCAGGGACUGAUCCCUCCUGACAACAUGCCCAAAGCAUGUAAGACGCAGUCUCGCCAUCCUUGCUUCUAAGGAGCAUUCUGGUUGUACGUCUUCUAAGACAGAUUUGUUCGUUCUUCUGGCAGUCCAUGGUAUAUUCAGUAUUCUUCACCAACACCACAAUUCAGAAGCAUCAACUCUUCUUCGGUCUUCCUUAUUCAUUGUCCAGCUUUCACAUGCAUAUGAUGCGAUUGAAAAUACCGUGGCUUCGGUCAGUUACACCUUAGCCUUCGGGGUGACAUCUUUGAUCUUUAAUACUUUGAAGAGGUCCUUUGCAGCAGAUUUGCCCAAUGCAAUGCGUCUUUUGAUUUCUUGACUGCUGCUUCCAUGGGUGUUGAUUGUGGAUCCAAGUAAAAUGAAAUCCUUGACAACUUCAGUAUUUUCUUCGUUUAUCAUGAUGUUGCUCAUUGGACCAGUUGUGAUGAUUUUUUUUUCUUUAUGUUGAGGUGUAAUCCAUAGUGAAGGCUGUGGUCUUUGAUCUUCAUUAGUAAGUGCUUCAAGUCCUCUUCACUUUCAGCAAGAAAGGUUGUGUCAUCUGCAUAAUGCAGGUUGUUAAUGAGUCUCCCUCCAAUCUUGAUGCCCCGUUCUUCUUCAUAUAGUCCAACUUCUCGUAUUAUUUGUUCAGCAUACAGAUUAAAUGGGUAUGGUGAAAGAAUACAACCCUGACGCACACCUUUCCUGACUUGAAACCAAUCAGUAUCCCCUUGUUCUGUCCGAACAACUGCCUCUUGAUCUAUGUAAAGGUUCCUCAUGAACACAAUUAAGUGUUCUGGAAUUCCCAUUCUUCGCAGUGUUAUCCAUGGUUUGUUAUGAUCCACACAGUCGAAUGCCUUUGCAUAAUCAAUAAAACACAGGUAAACAUCCUCCUGGUAUUCUCUGCUUUCAGCCAGGAUCCAUCUGACAUCAGCAAUGAUAUCCCUGGUUCCACG